AUGGCGACUUCUCCGACCUCUCACACUUCGGCCUCUACAUCAUCGAGCGAUCUCUCCAAACCACCGUUGGCGAUCACUGAGGAUGAAAAGCGGCACGGAGAAACUGCUGUUGCCGUCCAACAGAACUCCAGUCCCCCUCAAUCCAUUGCCGUUGAAAAAACUGUGCUUGAGAAAGAUGGCGAGGCUGAGGGGCUGGGCCGCGAACUCUCUCGCAUCGACACGUCCGACUACCCUUCUGCUUUCCCUCUGGCCAUGAUCGUCGUGGCACUUGCAUGCAGCAUCUUUCUCGUGGCGCUGGACAUGACCAUCGUGGCCACAGCUAUCCCUCGAAUCACCGAUCAAUUCCACUCUCUUGAUCAAGUGGGCUGGUAUGGGAGUGGCUUCUUCUUGACAAUUGGCUCCUUCCAGGCAACAUGGGGAAAGUUAUACAAGUACUUCCCUCUCAAGAUCUCGUAUCUCUCAAGCAUCUUCAUCUUUGAAUUGGGGUCCCUCAUCUGCGGUGUCGCCAACGAUUCCACCACUUUGAUCGUCGGAAGAGCGAUUGCGGGCAUGGGAGGCGCGGGUAUCGCAUCGGGGUCAUAUACCAUCAUUGCCUUCUCUGCUCCACCCAAGCAACGCCCUGCUUUCACCGGCGUCAUGGGUGCCACCUUCGGCGUCGCAUCUGUCAUCGGUCCCCUUUUGGGUGGUGUCUUCACUGACAAUCUUACCUGGAGAUGGUGCUUCUACAUUAACCUGCCUAUCGGCGGCGCCGCUGCGGUCAUUAUCUUCUUCUUCUUCCGCACUCCCAAGGCUGCCCGUCCUCAAGUGGCUCCUUUGAAAGAGAAACUGCUCCAAAUGGAUUUUCCCGGCACAUUCACCCUCAUGGCUGCAAUCGUCUGCUACCUGCUCGCCAUGCAAUGGGGUGGAUCCACCAAGCCCUGGUCAUCCGGCUCCGUUAUCGCCGUCCUGGUCCUCUUCGGCGUCCUCAUUAUCGUUUUCGUCGUCAUCGAGUACUUCUCUGGCGACCGCGCCUUGCUACAGCCCCGCCUCCUCAAAGACCGAUCCAUUGCAGCUGGUUGUGCUUUUAUAUUUACCGUGGCAGGGGCUUUCUUCGUGCUCUUGUACUACCUGCCGAUCUAUUUUCAAGCUACGCGCAACGUCUCCGCCUCUAAAUCCGGCAUCGACAAUCUCCCGCUUGUCCUUGGCGCCUCACUCCUAACAGUCUUCUCUGGCAUCCUCCUUACAGUAUGGGGUCAAUACAUCCCUCUUAUGGCAAUCGGAUCGAUCCUCGCCUCGGUCGGUGGGGGACUAAUCUACACUCUGAAAAUCGAUUCUGGGUCAGGCGAAUGGAUCGGAUACCAAGCCCUCGCAGGCAUCGGACUAGGACUGAUCUUUCAAAUUCCCGUGAUCGUAGGCCAAGCGAUCGUCAAACCUUCGGACCUCAGCUCCGUGUCGGCCAUCAUCCUGUUCUUUCAGACAAUCGGCGGCGCGGUGUUCAUCUCGGCCGCGCAGGCUGGGUUCACCAACAAGAUGCUCCACGAACUGCCCAUCAAGGCGCCGCACGUGGACGCAAGCCUGGUGCUGGCGACUGGCGCGACCGACCUGAGGAAAGUUUUUGCUGCGAGUGACAUCCCAGGCAUCCUUGACGCGUAUAUGGACGGCUUACGAGUGCCGUUUGCGAUUUGUAUCGCGUGUGCGUCUCUUGCUUUUGUGCUGAGUUUCACGCCCAGGUGGGAGAGCAUCAAGGGGAAGGUGAAGAUGGACGGGCCUGGAGCGUGA